AUGGAUUCCGAAGAGUCAGCAUCCAGCCAAAUGAGGCAGCCGAGCUCACAUGCUAAGACGGAUCAUGGAGACACUCAGAGUAUCUCGUCUAGUGGACAGACCAAAUCUAUAUCCGCCUCUCGAGACUCUUCAAGUAGGGAUAGUGUGGAGGAUCAUCGUAAUAUGAUAAUUGCUAGUUUACUUGAAGACUACAUCCGCACUCGUGCUGCCGAGGUCCUCAAUGCAGCUAAUCCGGGUAAGAACUACACUAGACAGUCGCCAGAGAUCCAGCCGUUGGUCCGACAGCUCUUUGCAGAGGCGAGUCACAAGCUUUCAGAAAAUGGAAUACUAGCGGAGUCUGCUACUACCGAUGGUGGUCUAGGAAUUCGACGUCAAUAUCUGUCGGCAGUGGACAACAUAAUGGCGAAUUCCCAAACCCUCGCUUCAAGUGUAUCCAGUCCGGUGCACGGCUUGGUAUCUCAAGCAUCCCAGCUAGCUCUUGUUCCGCACCUUUCUCAAUUGGAUCUCCAGUCGGAGCCCCAACAGAGUCAUUACCGGUCCUCUUUCCGUGAGCUUGCCCUUCUCGGAAAAGGUGGCUUCGGAAAGGUUUAUCGGUGCUUCAACCCACUAGAUCAGAAGACAUACGCAGUGAAGAAGAUUCAAUUAUCCCCGAAGCUAGGGAAGAGGUUUCGUGAUGGGAGACUUGAAGAGCUUCAGCAUAUCCUGCGUGAAGUCCAAGCUCUAGCUACCCUAGAUCAUCCCAAUAUCGUCCGGUAUCACGCUACCUGGCUUGAGGAUCCCCAUCAGUUUCCCUCUCCCUUAAUUAUGGACUCACGCAAUUCUAAUUCAAGGCCCCGUUCAAGUCGACAUCAACAGCUAUUGCUGAGUAAUCACCCCUUUUCUCAGGAAACCGAGGGUGAACCAGAACCCGAACCCUCCCUUAGCGGUGGAGUAAUCUUCGAGGCAGAUACGUUGUCUCUUCCCGACAAAGAGUCAGUUCACCAGCCCCAAUGGUUUGAAAAGACCGCUUCUAGUCAUAGCCCCGUCGAGAGCCCGAGUUUGUCAAGCACCAGCGACAUCUUCACAGACGGUAAGGGCCAUCUAGAAAACAGCAGUCAAAGACAUCAAACCUUUGAUGCAACUGGCCACACGUUAUACAUCCAGAUGUCGCUAUAUCCUAUGACGCUGGCCCAGUAUAUCUCCUUCUCAUCCAAUGAUACCAAUAUACCCAAACACUGCUUUCACUUAAUUCCUAGUCUUCGACUACUUCAUUCUAUACACUCAGGCCUGCGAUACAUUCACUCUAAAGGCUUCCUGCACAGAGAUAUCAAACCAGGCAACAUCUUCCUCUCGUUAACUGAGGAAGAGUUACAAGGUGGAUCAUUCAAUCUUUCGUGCAAUUCCUGUCAGAAGAAGACGGGCGAAGUGUCACCACGCUGGAUCAAUGCUCGAAUCGGUGAUUUUGGGCUGGUCGCCCAACUAGCACGCGGCGAAUUGCCCCUGUCACCUUAUGAGGGCGACAAUAGCACGCCAACGUCUGAUAAACGUCCUGUCGGCACCACGAACUACCGACCACCUCCUUUCAAAGGCGCUGAUGACGAGAAAGUUGACAUUUUCGCACUCGGUGUCGUGUUCGUCGAAAUGCUAUGCCGCUGCAGCACGGCGAUGGAACGCGCCGAGAUGUUUAAGGGGUUGCAGCUUGGCUGCGUGCCGUCAAGCCUCGAAGAGAGCUUGGAAGGCGAAGGCCACCCCGCUAAAGUCGUGAACGAAGUGGUCUCGCUUGCCAAGGCGAUGGUCGACCCUGAUCCAAAGAAAAGAUGGUCCAGUUCUCAGGAAUCCAGCGGCAAUAUCGAUUUUCAAGAAUGGAGCCCUGACGAAAUCCACAAAUUCAUAGCUUACGUCUAUGGGAAAAAUAUUUCUGCUGGCAACUACGACUUUGUCGAUUUGAUGAAGCUCUGGGAGAUGGGAGAUUACUUCCUAAUCCCUGCCAUGUGCCAGAAGUUACCAGAGAAGUUGCAGGAAGCUCUUGAGAACGCUUCUCUUACUGUGCUACGUUUAUAUCCAAAUGAGGGUAAUAUUAAGAACUACGCGGCCAAGAUGACUAAAGGGGAAUGCGAAAAGCAGAUAAUGGAAAUAGCGACACAAUUUCGGAAGGCAGUUUCUUACGUAUAUGAGAAGGCCAAACCUGACGUCCUCAAAUCCCAGCUAGCCAAAUGCUAUUUACAAGGCAUAUUUCGAUGUCAUGCAGACUCGCGGUGGGGGAUAAAAUCACUUAUAGAAAACGAAGCACCCGAGUUCGCUGUUGAAGUCUUGCGCCAAAUAAGUAGCGUUGGAGAGGAAACUAGGCUCUUACCCAAGCCCAAGCCUAACCCGAAGCCUAAGCAGAGCUUCGACUUCGAAGUCGAAGCCUCCUUAUUCUGUGACAUGGCUCACGGACGGGAAGGCUUUUUAGCGGGUCUAGGCCGCGCUGCCCUCUAUGGGCAUAGCGCCGGAGAUGACUCCGUCUAA